AUGGCCCACCUGUUCUACGUCCGGGCCUUCGGGCUCAGCCCCCUGCGGCCCGGCCUCCUGCUGCCCGUGGUCCUGGCCUCGCUCCCGUUCUCCGGCCUCCUGCUGCUGCACCUCUCCUCCAGCCUGGUCUUGCCCGUGGCGGCCUACGUGCUGGCCCUGUCCACCAUGCUGUGGCGCGGCCUGUGCCCCGGCCUCCUGCUGCCCGUCUUCCUGGGCUCCCUCCCGUUCUCCAGCCUCCUGCUGUGGCACCUCCCGCCCGACCUGGUCCUGCCCCUGUCAGCCUACGCCCUGGCCCUGUCCGCCAUGCUGUGGCGCGGCCUGGCCAGGGGCGGCAGCGCCCGCUGGGGCGCCCUGCUCUUCGCCGCCUCCGACUGCCUGCUGUCCUGGCACACCUUCGUCCGGCCACUGGCCCACGGCCGCCUGCUGAUCAUGGCCACCUACUACGCCGCCCAGCUGCUCAUCGCCCUGUCCGCCCUCCAGAGCCCCAAGCUCAAGACAGACUGA